AUGAUCCAAGUAUUUGGUGGUGGACUCAGCGACUUGGAUAACCACCAGAUAACAAUUGAUAUCUGUUCAGAUCUGCUAAAGUAUGGAGGCUAUAUGACUCGGUCAGCCCUUGAUUGGAGACACCAAGAAAAUUGGUUCAACCCUGCUUAUCAUGCUCAUCGAGUGGAUGGACGUAGAGUUGAUAAUCUGUUCGAAGAUUUUACCUUUCGCCUCGUUUGGAAAAUUGCUGAUGAGAAGGGACUUCAAGACAUUGAUGUCCCAGAAGAGCUACAGCCUCUUGCGUACAGAUCAAAAAAACUUCUGGCCGCGAAGUUGAGAAGAGACAAUGACGUCUAUCGCUGGAUCAAAUCUUAUACUCGGUGGCCGCCUGGUCUUGCCUUACUUCUUCAAUCCGAUCAUGCAUCAAUUGAUGGUGCACUCACUGCCGCAUGUGAAGCGAACUGCGAGGAAAGCGUUAGACUAUUGAUCAAUGAUCACAGGUGCUUUAUCGGAAAAGAGGAUCUGGAACUCGCUAGUUUCCAUCCCAAUCCAGCUAUUGUGGAUCUAAUAGUUAACGCAUUCAUUGAUCGCAGAAAGCGGUUACAGGCUCUAGCGGUGGCACACUUGCCAAGAGAAGUUAUAGAUCAGUUGAACAUCAGAUCUGAUACCCUCCUAAACGUGCAUGCUUAUGAAGCAUACACACUACUUUCAGCCGCUUCCGUGGAUCUGGAAAAUCUCUUGGAGCGUCAUACGUGGUCAGCCUUUGACUGUUUUGGGAUCAAUCUCGAACUGGCAAGCCGGCUAUACGACGCCGGCUUCAGAGUCACAGAUAACAAAACGUGUCUGACAAAUUUGUGGCGAGCCACGCCACCUUGUACACUGGAAGAAUUCCUCCAAAAGGCUCACUGGCUCAUCCUCAAGGGUGCUGACGUCCAUCACCAAGGUCCAUCUGGGUCCGCUUUGCAUACUCUGGGGAAAUGUGUUGGAUCUAUUUUACAAUGGUUACAACCGAACGAUCAAGAGGAGGACUAUCAUUUAGAGAUUCAAUCUCUGAGCGAUAGCUCGAAGGCUUUGUUAAAGAUUAUUUUUUUGGACAAUACUCGAGAUAAAUGCGAGUGUGCAUGCUCCCUGACCGGAUGCUCUCCACUCACGGCCCUUUUGGGCGGGCUUUUCCCUACAAGGAUCCGCGGUGACAGCAGGAAAAUGGUUCGGAUACUCGCAGAUUUAUUGAGCGUUGUGCUCGAUGACUUCGACGCUAUAUCUCUCGAGCGCUAUAAAAACCACUUGGGUGCAGGCAUACUUCGUUUCAUCACAUUUUGGAGCCUGGAUCUCACUCAUACUUGCUUGCAUGAGUAUAGAGAAAUCAAGCCGGAGGAGAUAAGAGAGAUCCACGAUGAAGAGAAAUCAUUGAUACUGGAUCUCGUGAGCCUAUUGAAACAAUUCUCCGAGGAAUUCGAGGAGCACAACUUGCAACUUCCGAGUUUCAUAGCCGGCCCGUGGCGAACCCACAUGGAUUCAUUCCUAUCAUCGUACAGACCCCACAGCAUACAGGAGAUCAGUCAAAUUCUAGAGACAGGAGUCAUUAUUGAUGAGCAAAUUGACCAGCACCAUCGCCCUUGA